ACACACACACACACACAGACCCCACUUCAUAUGUUAUUUGAUGUAUGAUUUCAUUUGUAAGUGCCUGCCAAUUUUUGACUGAAGCUAAACAUUAAAAAGAUAAAGUGUAUUUUUAUGGCAGGCUUUUCAAGCUACUUUCCUGAGUUUUCCUGGUACUUUGAUGAUGAAAUCAAUGGCUUCACCCAUGGCUCACGGACUGACUAGUUGCUACCGUGCCUUGUACAAACAAUGGGAUGUAACUUUUUCAUCCUGGAGUCAUCAAUACAUGAAUUGAUUUUGGUUUAGGAGCAUCAGUUGGUUAUUCACAUUUUGGUCAGUUACUUGUUACUUAGAUUUUAAGGAGAAUAAUGAAAUUCACUAACUGUCACUUUCUAGAAGAGAUUAGAAAGCUCUGUCUUGUAGCUUGACAUUUUUGGUCACUUGGGAAAUUUGGAUUACCUUUCAGUUUCUCUUUUACCACUGUGCUGUGAUCUUCUGGUCAUACACCCAGACAUGAAUUAAGUUUACAUUCCGAUGCAGAACUUGCAUUCCGCCAAGCAGUUCUGACGCACACAAGAAUGUGGAGGCCCAUACACAGGGCAAGGUUAGGGACACUGAUAGAGGAGGCUUCUGUACCCAGCUGCUGCCCUUUUCAGAACACUCACGCUGUUAGAAAGUGCUCCUGACCAAGUUGGGAGAAUAUGUGCCGGCAGAAACCUAGAGUCGGCUGGCCUUAACAACUUCUGCUGCUGCCUGUCCCACGCUUCCUCGCCCAUGGGGCCUUACACUAACUAGUUUUGGCAAGCGUUCUGCAGGAAGCUUUAGGCGUGGCUGCGAAUGCAUUGUAUUAGAGCCUUCUGAAAUGAUUGUGGUGGACUAUAUGGAUGAAAAUGAAGAAUAUUUCCAGCGCCAAGCCUCCCACAGACAGUCUCGAAGAAGAUUUAGAAAAAUCAACCAGAAAGGCGAAAGACAAACGAUUAUUGACACAGUGGACUCAUACCAUGUGGGCAAGCCCCCUUUACCUAGAGGCUACCAUACGGAAUGCACUAAAUCCCAGCUCCCUGCAGAUUUCACAAAGCUGCACCUCGCCGACAGCCUCCACCCUCAGGUGACGCACGUCUCCUCCAGCCACUCAGGAUGUAGCAUCACCAGCGACUCUGGAAGCAGCAGCCUUUCUGACAUUUACCAGGCCACGGAGAGUGAGGCUGGUGACAUGGACCUCAGUGGACUGCCAGAGACAGCAGUCGACUCUGAGGAUGAUGACGAUGAGGAAGACAUCGAGAGGGCAUCCGACCCUCUGAUGAGCAGGGACAUCGUGAGGGACUGCCUGGAGAAGGACCCAAUAGACCGGACGGACGAUGAUAUCGAACAACUCCUGGAAUUUAUGCACCAGCUGCCUGCUUUCGCCAACAUGACGAUGUCAGUGAGACGGGAGCUCUGUGCCGUGAUGGUGUUUGCAGUGGUGGAAAGGGCUGGAACCAUUGUGCUAAACGAUGGAGAAGAGCUGGAUUCCUGGUCAGUGAUUCUCAACGGUUCCGUGGAAGUGACAUACCCAGAUGGGAAAGCAGAAAUUCUGUGUAUGGGCAACAGUUUUGGUGUGUCCCCUACCAUGGACAAAGAGUACAUGAAAGGAGUGAUGAGGACCAAGGUGGAUGACUGCCAGUUCGUCUGCAUCGCCCAGCAAGAUUACUGCCGUAUUUUGAACCAAGUAGAAAAGAACAUGCAAAAAGUUGAGGAAGAAGGAGAGAUUGUGAUGGUGAAGGAGCACCGGGAACUGGAUCGGACCGGAACGAGGAAGGGCCACAUCGUCAUCAAGGGUACCUCAGAGAGGCUGACCAUGCAUUUGGUGGAAGAGCAUUCUGUCGUGGAUCCAACGUUCAUAGAAGACUUCCUGUUGACAUACCGGACUUUCCUUUCCAGCCCGAUGGAAGUGGGAAAGAAGUUAUUGGAGUGGUUCAAUGACCCGAGCCUCAGGGAUAAGGUGACACGGGUAGUAUUACUGUGGGUGAAUAAUCACUUCAAUGACUUUGAAGGAGAUCCCGCAAUGACUCGGUUUCUAGAAGAAUUUGAAAAUAAUCUGGAGAGAGAGAAAAUGGGUGGACAUCUAAGGCUGCUAAACAUUGCGUGUGCAGCCAAGGCAAAACGAAGGCUGAUGACUCUAACAAAGCCGUCCCGUGAGGCCCCCCUGCCCUUCAUCUUACUGGGGGGCUCUGAAAGGGGCUUUGGCAUCUUCGUGGACAGUGUUGAUUCUAGUAGCAAAGCAACUGAGGCAGGCUUGAAGCGUGGGGACCAGAUACUAGAAGUAAAUGGCCAAAAUUUUGAAAAUAUCCAGCUUUCAAAGGCAAUGGAAAUUCUGAGAAAUAACACACACCUGUCCAUCACUGUGAAAACCAACUUAUUUGUAUUUAAAGAACUUCUGACAAGAUUGUCUGAAGAGAAAAGAAAUGGUGCCCCUCAUCUUCCUAAAAUUGGAGAUAUCAAGAAGGCCAGUCGCUACUCCAUACCAGAUCUUGCUGUAGAUGUGGAGCAGGUGAUCGGUCUGGAGAAGGUCAACAAGAAAAGUAAAGCCAAUACGGUAGGAGGGAGAAACAAGCUAAAGAAAAUACUCGACAAGACUCGGAUCAGCAUCUUACCUCAGAAACCGUACAAUGAUAUUGGGAUUGGUCAGUCUCAAGAUGAUAGCAUCGUGGGCCUGAGGCAGACCAAACACAUCCCGGCUGCUCUGCCUGUUAGUGGAACGCUCUCUUCCAGUAACCCUGACUUGCUGCAGUCACAUCACCGGAUUCUGGACUUCAGCACGACUCCAGACUUGCCAGAUCAGGUGCUCCGAGUUUUCAAGGCUGACCAGCAGAGCCGGUACAUCAUGAUCAGUAAGGACACCACAGCAAAGGAAGUGGUCAUCCAGGCCAUCAGAGAGUUUGCCGUCACUGCCACCCCAGACCAGUAUUCUCUGUGCGAGGUCUCUGUCACGCCAGAGGGAGUUAUCAAACAGCGGCGACUCCCAGAUCAGCUUUCCAAGCUUGCGGACAGAAUACAACUGAGCGGAAGGUACUAUCUGAAAAACAACAUGGAAACGGAAACACUUUGCUCAGAUGAGGACGCCCAGGAGCUGUUGCGCGAGAGCCAAAUCUCUCUUCUUCAGCUCAGCACUGUGGAGGUCGCCACGCAGCUCUCCAUGAGGAACUUUGAACUCUUCCGCAACAUUGAGCCUACUGAAUACAUAGAUGAUUUAUUUAAACUCAAGUCAAAAACCAGCUGUGCCAACCUGAAGAAGUUUGAGGAAGUCAUUAACCAGGAAACAUUUUGGGUGGCUUCCGAGAUCCUUCGAGAGACAAACCAGCUGAAGAGAAUGAAGAUCAUUAAGCAUUUCAUCAAGAUCGCGCUGCACUGUAGGGAAUGCAAGAAUUUUAACUCCAUGUUUGCAAUCAUCAGCGGCCUAAACCUGGCACCAGUGGCAAGACUGCGAACUACCUGGGAAAAACUUCCCAAUAAAUAUGAAAAGCUAUUCCAGGACCUACAAGACCUAUUUGAUCCUUCCAGAAACAUGGCAAAGUACCGCAACGUCCUGAGCGGCCAGAACUUACAACCUCCGGUAAUCCCCCUGUUCCCUGUCAUCAAGAAGGACCUCACAUUCCUCCACGAAGGAAAUGACUCCAAAGUAGACGGGCUGGUCAACUUUGAGAAACUAAGGAUGAUUGCAAAAGAAAUCCGUCAUGUAGGCCGAAUGGCCUCUGUCAACAUGGACCCUGCCCUUAUGUUCAGGACUCGGAAGAAGAAGUGGCGGAGUCUGGGGUCUCUGAGCCAGGGCAGUGCGAAUGCCACAGUGCUGGAUGUUGCUCAGACCGGCGGGCAUAAAAAGCGGGUGCGCCGUAGCUCCUUCCUCAAUGCCAAAAAGCUGUACGAAGAUGCCCAGAUGGCCCGCAAAGUGAAGCAGUACCUGUCCAACCUGGAGCUGGAGAUGGACGAGGAGAGUCUCCAGACGCUGUCACUGCAGUGUGAGCCAGCAACCAGCACAUUGCCCAAGAACCCUGGAGACAAAAAGCCUGCCAAGACCGAGACCUCCCCUGUGGCUCCACGAGCAGGGCCACAGCAGAAAGUGCAGCCUCAGCAGCCGCUGCCGCAGCCACAGCCACCGCAUAAAGCCAGCCAAGGGCUGCAGGUGCCCGCCGUGUCCCUCUACCCUUCUCGAAAGAAGGUGCCCGUGAAGGAUCUGCCACCUUUCGGCAUAAACUCUCCUCAAGCGUUAAAGAAAAUCCUGUCCUUGUCUGAAGAAGGGAGUUUGGAGCGACAUAGGAAACAAGCAGAAGACACACUGUCAAAUGCAUCUUCACAGCUGUCCUCACCCCCCACCUCGCCUCAAAGCUCUCCAAGGAAAGGUUAUACACUGGCUCCCAGUGGCACUGUGGAUAACUUUUCCGAUUCUGGCCACAGUGAAAUUUCUUCACGGUCCAGUAUCGUCAGCAAUUCUUCUUUUGACUCGGUGCCAGUCUCGCUGCAUGAUGAACGGCGCCAGAGGCAUUCUGUCAGCAUUGUGGAGACCAACCUAGGCGUGGGCAGGAUGGAGCGGCGGACCCUGAUUGAGCCCGACCAGUACAGCUUAGGGUCGUAUGCCCCCAUGUCUGAAAGCCGAGGCCUGUACGCCACAGCAACUGUCAUCUCUUCUCCUAGCGCAGAGGAGCUCUCCCACGACCAGGGGGACCGCGCCUCCCUCGAUGCUGCUGACAGCGGUCGUGGGAGCUGGACGUCAUGUUCCAGUGGUUCCCACGACAACAUCCAGACCAUCCAGCACCAGAGAAGCUGGGAAACACUGCCGUUUGGGCACACUCACUUUGACUACUCAGGGGACGCUGCAGGCAUGUGGGCCUCCGGUAGCCACAUGGACCAAAUGAUGUUUUCUGACCAUAGCACAAAAUACAGUAGACACCAUCAAAGUAGAGAGAGCCUUGAACAGGCCCAGUCCCGGGCCAGCUGGGCGUCUCCCACGGGCUACUGGGGAGAAGACUCAGAAGGUGACACGGGCACUAUCAAGCGAAGGGGUGGCAAGGAUGUCUCCAGUGAGGCAGAGAGCAGCAGCCUGGCGCCUGUGACCACAGAGGAAGCCAAGCCUGUCCCCAUGCCUGCCCACAUAGCGGUGACGCCAAGUGCUACAAAGGGACUCAUUGCUCGGAAGGAGGGAAGGUACCGGGAACCGCCGCCCACACCUCCAGGCUAUGUGGGCAUCCCCAUCACUGACUUCCCUGAGGGGCCUUGCCACCCAGCCCGGAAGCCUCCGGACUACAACGUGGCCCUGCAGCGGUCCCGCAUGGUGACACGGCCCACGGAGGCCCCGGCUCCAGUGCAGACGCCUCCUGCAGCCAGCAGGCCGGGAAGCAAACCGCAGUGGCACAAGCCCAGUGAUGCAGACCCUCGCCUAGCGCCCUUCCAGCCGCAGGGCUUCGCUGGUGCUGCCGGCGGCGAGGAGGACGAAGAUGAACAGGUGUCUGCGGUGUGAGGCACAGGCUUCUUAAUCCAGAGCGAGAGCACAAGAAGAUGUCGGAAGCAUCGGAGCCUUGGCACGCACAUCCUGAGGAUGGUGGACCAGUUUGCCUCCUUCCCUGCCUUAAAGCAGCAUGGGGCUUCUUCUCCCCUUCUUCCUUUCCCCUUUGCAUGUGAAAUACUGUGAAGAAAUUGCCCUGGCACUUUGCAGACCUUAUUGCUUGAGAUGCACAGUCCAGCAGUCUCCGGGCUGCUGCCUGCCACAGACACAGUAUCAUUCCAGAUUCCAAGAUCAUCGCCAGGUGAUUCCCUCUGGCUGCACUUCUCUACGCCUGGAAGGAGUUUUCGAUCUUCCUCUUAGAUUUCAAUCCAGCCCUGGCCCUCGGUCUCAUUUGGAAGAUGAGAAAAGCUAGCCUUUGAACUACUUGGGGUCUUGCACCCACCAAGGAAGACAAAGACAGACAUGAAAUCCUUUGAGUACAGUGCUCGUCCACUUGUUUACAAUAUCCUUUAAAAAUGAGUUUAAAGAUUGUGUUCAGAGAGUUGAUGUUAUAUCCAUUUAAUGAUUACAGUAUUAUUUUGAACCUUAAGUAGGAUUGCCAGCCUGGGUUUCUGAAAAACCAAAUAUGCCGGACAGGGUAUGGCCGCACCAAGGGAAGACCCGGAAGUGACGCUGUCUUCCUGUCUUCCCAUGUCCUUCUGGCUUGCCCGUGAAGUGCCCUAUCCCAGAAGCAUCAAACGUUAGCCAAUCACUUAACUACCAAGACUCCUCACCUGCUCCUUCCCCAGUGGGUGAAGCUCUAAUAUAAACCUGUUUGCACAUGGCCAGGGGAGGGAACGGGGACUCGUGUGUCCUGCCUUAGCCUUAUGAGGCAGGACCAUGUUAUUUGAGAGUGUGUCCUGCUCAGUUACAACGGAUGGCAACCCCUGUUUUUAAGUUAUGGUUUUUUUUUAUUUUUUGUUUUGUUUUUGAGUUUUGUUAAUUUAGAGUUUUAGAGUUUUUUGUUUUUAUUUUUUAAAAGAAAGAAGCAUAACUGGAUAACAUCGCAGUGAAGCAGCGUGGGGUGUUGGAGUGAAUGCCAGCUGUUUGUACUGCUCUUUCAAGACAGCCUCCCCUUGUUGAGUUGGCACCAGAGAGUGUGUCUUUAAGCAUGGUUAGAGGUCACGCGGUUAGAUGCACCAGCCUUUGCAAGGUGGGUCAGUCGCCAAAGACUGUCCUGGAAGUGGCUUCCUGGGCCCUGCAUAGAGAAGCCCUCGUGUAGCGCCCAUCUGCUCAUAGAGAAGCCCUAAGUGUAGCGCCCAUCUGCUCAUAGAGAAACCCUAAGUGUAGCGCCCAUCUGCUCACAGCUGCUAUGGACCUGGAAUGACGAAAACCACCCCGCCGUUCUGUUUUUGUGUUGUUUUUGCACAGACUCCGGAAAAGUGAAGGCUGCCAAUCCGAGUAGUACUCAGAUGUGAGGGGCUGCUGGUCUUGGAUUUUUCCAUUAAAUUCAGCUGAUCAUAUUGAUCAGUAGAUAAACGUAAAUAGCUUCAAAUUUUAAAGGUCGAAUUGCAGUGUUUUUUCACUGUGUCAAACAAUGUCAGUGCUUUAUUUAAUAAUUCUCUUCUAUGUCAUGGCAUCUGUCUACUUGUGUAUCACAUUGUCACUUAACGCAUUUGUAAUUUUACAUGUAAUAUGCAUUAUUGCCAGUUUUCCUAUAUAGGCUAUGGACCUCAUGUGCAUAUAGAAAGACAAAAAUCUAGCUCUAUCACAAAUUGCACAGAUGUUAUCUAAACAUUAAGUAAUUGUAGAACAUAGGACUGCUAAUCUCAGUUCGCUCUGUGAUGUCAAGUACAGAAUGUAAAAUUAACUGGUGAUUUCCUCAUACUUUUGAUACUACUUGUACCUGUAUGUCUUUUAGAAAGACAUUGGUGGAGUCUGUAUCCCUUUUGUAUUUUUAAUACAAUAAUUGUACAUAUUGGUUAUAUUUUUGUUGAAGAUGGUAGAAAUGUACUAUGUUUAUGCUUCUACAUCCAGUUUGUACAAGCUGGAGAAUAAAUAAAUAUAACAUAAA